AUGGUUCGAAAUUCCAACUUCAUUCACUCGGUUGUUAGGUCAUCUCAAGGCCCGGUCGCUGGUAAUUUGUGUUCAAUGCCAGAAAACGGUGUGGAAGAAGAAGUUUUGCGGUUUGCCAGAAAACUGGACAGAAUCAUCAGCGGUAACAAAUCGGAACAAGAUGCGUUGGACAUUCUCAAGUCAUUGCGGUGUGUUCAGAUGACACUGGAGAUUCUGCAGCGGACGAGAGUGGGGAUGACCGUAAACGAGUUGAGGAAGAAGACCACCAACAAGGCGAUUCAGUCGGAAGCCAGAAAUUUAAUCAGAAUAUGGAAAAAGUUGUUAGGUACGUUGCUGUUAUUUGUUCGGUUCGAUUGUACCUUAUAAAG